UAGAGUUCCCACCGCCCUCCCUGCCCCAGGCCCCAGCCAUCGCCAUCGCCGCCGCCGCCAUGCCCGCCGAUCGCGAGCACAUCACCCCCCUCGCCACCGCCGCCGCCGACCGCCCCACCAGCGACGAGGGGGACCCCUACGCCACUUCCCCGACUCCCCUCUCCUGCCGCCGCCGCCGCCGCCGCCUCAUCUGCUGCGUCUCCUGCACUGCCCUUGUCGUCGUCGCCAUCGCCGUCGUCCUCGCCAUCAUCGCCCUCACCGUCUACAAGGUCAAGGACCCGGUCAUGACGAUGAACUCCGUCUACGUCAAGAACCUGAACAUCAACCUCACCUCCCCCCACGCCGCCAACAUGACGGUGGUCGCCGACGUCUCCGUGAAGAACCCGAACGCCGCCUCGUUCCGCUUCGGGGAGAGCACCACCGCCCUCUACUAUCGGGCGCGGGAGAUCGGGGUGGCGUACGGGCCUCCCGGGACGGCCGGGGCCCGCAAGAUGUUCCGGCUCAACGUGACGGUCGACGUGAUGGCCGACCGGCUUCUCGCCGAUCCGGAUCUGCUCGUUGAUCUGGUGGGGGGAAAGCUGGAUUUGACCACGUCGACCAAAGUCGGUGGCCGAGCGAAGAUUUUUCUGAUCAUCAAACACCAUGCGGACGUGAUGAUGAACUGCAGCAUGACGCUGGCCGUCUCCAACCAAUCGAUUUUGGCUCAGAGUUGCACCCAGCGCGUGUGGCUAUGAUUUAUGAUCAUUUUGGCACAGAUUUUAAACUUAUAGAUUUGAAAUAAAAAUAUUUUGAUAUGUCCUAGCUAAGAGAUAGCAAGAUGCUGCCCCUGUUUGCUAAGAACAAGAGGAGAUACAGUAUCAAAGAAGAAUAAGGUUGUGAUGAGAACACAACAAGGAGAAGGAGGAGACUGUGUUGUUUCAGUUAGACAAAAUGGAUUGGCCUCGUUCUUCUCAGAACAAGGGUGAGGCCUUUCUCUAGAGAAACGGUCGACCAUUUUGCUUCCUCCAAAUCUCCUAACAAGCUGCUGAAAUCAGCCGCUCA